AUGUCGCAGAUCCAAUCACUCCUACAGAAUGCCUUCCCUACAAUCGAGGCCCGCUUGAAGAAUGAUCCCGACUUCCAGGCAUCUGCGUCUAGAGCUAACUUUACAUUCGCCAUUGCUUCCUCGGAGAACGUUGAAGCCGCAGUAUUGGUGAAAGUCGAAGAUGGUGCUGCUUCAUUCAGUAUUGGCCCAGCCAGUGAAGGUAAAUUCGCUGUCCAAGCAAGGCCAGAACACUGGCAAGCAUUCUUCGCUGCGAAGCUGGAAAGACCUUAUCAGUCAUACUGGGGUAUGCUAAGAGUCCUCGGUCACAACGAGGGCAUUGAAGUUGGUGGGAACAAGGAGGCCUUUGGACGGUAUGCACGCGUCUGGCGUAACGUCUUGGAUCGGUCGCGAGACUCCUUCCAUGCAAAAGAGAGCGGACCUACCUUGCGCGAGCCGCCCUCAGAAGAAGUGAAUGAAGAUGACUCCGUGACUGGCAAGUACGUCUGGAUUGACCACCAAGAAUAUGGAAAGGUCAAACUGUUCUACGAGUUUGCAGGAUCUGGACCGCAAACUAUACUGUUCCUCCAUACAGCAGGCUCGGACUCCCGACAGUAUCACUCGCUUAUGAACAACAAGCAGCUUCAGGACCGCUGUACGAUGUAUGCUUUCGACCUCCCAGCUCACGGAAGGUCCAGUCUUGGGUCUCGCCAGGUGCCGCAGGGCUACGCUCUUACUGAGGACUCGUAUCUGGAAUCUAUCUGGAAGGUCGUAAAGAGACUUGGACUACGAAAUACCAUCGUAUGCGGAGCGUCUAUGGCUGGCCACGUGUGCAUCGCUGCGGCUAUCAAAGCUCGAGAGCUGGAUGUUCACGGGUCGAUUCCAUGCGAAGGCUGUGAGCAUCUCGCCUUUUCCCAGCCCAUUUACGAGAUCGGAGGCUCCGAUGCCUCGUUGCUCGAUCCGGAGAGAGUAUGCGGAAUGUGUGCGCCGACUUCACCAGAGUACUUUAAGCGGCAAAUAUGGUGGCAGUAUAGCUCGCAGGGCUACGGCAUAUUCUCUGGAGACCUAAAGUUCUACUUCCGUGGAUGGGAUGGCCGCGGGCGAGUGGAGACCAUCGACACGAAAGCAUGUCCGGUGUAUAUGCUUACGGGCGAGUACGACUACUCCUGCACCGUGGAAGCGAGCAAAGCAACAGCAGACAAGAUUCCAGGCGCUGUGUUUGAGGCUAUGGAAGGUCUAGGCCAUUUCCCUCUGACCGAAAAUCCGAACGCUGUACUACCGUACCUUAUUCGAGCCCUAGACCAUAUUCAAGCCUCCCGGCAAUCUGGUUAA